CGUACUUGCUCUUCUUCAUCUCUCCUCUUUUGCCCGCGUUUCGCGUUCCUCCAAAUAUUUGCUCGCGUUUUUUGGUAUUCAAUUGAUACCGCAUUUUCUCUAAUUUCUGCUCCAUAUUUUCUCCAUACAAACACGAGCAUUUGUUUAUUUUUACUAUUUUUUCGGAGCAUUUUACUAAACCAGGUGAUGGUAGGGAGCAGCGUUGGAUUUGAAUUUGAUACGACGACGUCGUUCAACGGAAACAGAAAGGAUUUGGAUCGGACGAUGGCGGCGGGAGCGCUAGCCUUUGAUCCGACUGCGGUGGUAGCGGAGGCGGUGCCGAACGGAGCAGAUGUAGAGAUCAUCACAGAGAUCGUUUUGGGGAGGAACGUGCGCACCACGUGCUUCGAGGUCACGGAGCCUGACCCCGACGACGAGGCUACCGGAGAUAAGGAUGCGUCCAUGGCCAGUGUGUUGGCGAGGUAUCGGAAAACUCUCGUGGAAAGGACCAAGCACCAUUUAGGUUAUCCAUAUAAUCUGGACUUUGAUUAUGGUGCUCUUGGUCAGUUGCAGCAUUUCUCUAUUAACAAUCUCGGAGAUCCAUUUAUCGAGAGCAACUACGGUGUGCACUCUAGACAGUUUGAAGUGGGUGUUUUGGACUGGUUUGCCCGCCUAUGGGAAAUUGAGAAGGAUGACUACUGGGGAUACAUCACAAACUGUGGCACUGAGGGUAAUCUUCAUGGGAUCCUUGUUGGAAGAGAAGUUUUUCCUGAUGGAAUUUUAUAUGGAUCAAAGGAGUCCCACUAUUCUGUGUUCAAAGCAGCAAGAAUGUACAGAAUGGAGUGUGUAAAAGUUGGGACUCUGAUCACCGGAGAGAUUGACUGCGUAGAUUUUAAAGCAAAGCUGCUUCAGAACAAGAAUAAACCAGCGGUCAUUAAUGUGAAUAUAGGAACCACUGUAAAAGGGGCUGUUGAUGACCUUGAUCUUGUUAUACAGACCCUUGAAGAAUGUGGAUUUUCACAUGAUAGAUUCUAUAUCCAUUGUGAUGGCGCUUUGUUUGGUCUUAUGAUGCCAUUUGUUAAAAAGGCACCAAAAGUUUCUUUCAAGAAGCCUAUUGGAAGUGUUAGCGUUUCAGGCCACAAGUUUGUGGGAUGCCCAAUGCCUUGUGGAGUGCAAAUAACGAGGCUAAAAGACAUAAAUGCUCUUUCAAGUAAUGUAGAGUAUCUUGCCUCAAGAGAUGCAACAAUCAUGGGAAGCCGGAAUGGUCAUGCUCCAAUCUUCUUGUGGUACACGCUAAACAGAAAAGGGUACAAAGGAUUCCAAAAAGAAGUCCAAAAGUGCGUCAGAAAUGCUCGCUAUUUGAAAGACCGACUCAGGGAUGCAGGGAUUAGUGUGAUGCUCAAUGAGUUGAGCAGUACAGUAGUGUUUGAGCGGCCUCGAGAUGAAGAAUUUGUUCGCCAUUGGCAACUUGCCUGUGAGAGGAACAUGGCACAUAUUGUUGUUAUGCCCAAUGUGACCAUUGAGAAGCUGGAUUGCUUCUUGAAUGAAUUAAUUCAAGGGCGAUCAAUUUGGUAUAAAGAUGAAAAAGUUCACCCCCCUUGUCUAUCAACGGAUAUUGGGACCCACAAUUGUUCUUGUGCUCUUCACAAGUGAUGUAUUGUGACUUGAGAGGAUAUUUAGUUGACUUCUGUGUUGAAACUCUUCUCUUUAGAAAUAUAUCCCACUGAUGUCUGUAAUAAAAUUGAGGAAGAUUGUGUUUUUGGCAGAAGUAUUUGACGUGGUUGUUGUAGAAUUAUUAUUGUAUGGCAGUCGUGAUACAUACUGUUUUACCUUGAAAGUGUACGAAAAUAUCGUUGCAGGCUAGUGUUGCUUAAAGCAUAAGUAAGCAGCAGAAUGUUAUUGAGAACAGUUUCCCCAUAAUAGGCUUAAUUAUCAGAUGAACCCCUUGUCUAAAUCUGCUUCAUAAUAAUGCUCUAAUAUUCUGAAAGUUGAACAAUGUAUUUAGUUUCCAUGAAGUUUCCUGAGCAAUCUUGCAUGCUUUAGACUUCCAACCAUGCCUAAC